AUGCAAUCAAAGUCUUCAAAAACUCAAGGAAACUACGCCAAACUCUCUGGCGAAGAAGAGGCGUUUUUACAACACAAGAACGAAAGUGACAGCACUCUGUUCCUGGUUGACCCGAGCAACAAGUCGUUACGGCUAAGGUUAUACUUCUCAGUUGCUCUCAAUAUCAUCACUGUGAUAAGUCUGAUUGGAAUCGGUAUUUCUCAAUACAUCGAGCAUUCCGUUCUGAACAAUGACCUCCGCAAAUGCUCAUCCUACAGCCCAAUACACAACCUCCUAGAUCUCGAGCCGAGCAUCAAGAAAGUCAAUGGCAGCCUAUUUCCCAGCAAAACACCCUCGAUUUCUCGUGAACUGCCUAAUCCAAAAGCAGACUCGCUCUGGGAAGAAUGGGAACUAACUCGCGUCUUCCCACUCACUCGGCAAGACAUUAUCAAAAUGGGAAAGGACCCAUCAUAUACAGCGAAGCUCGAAGACGACAUUUGGGGCCUCGGUGAUGAUGCAUAUGCCGGCACCUUUGAUGUCUACCACCAGCUUCACUGUCUUAAUUCGUUGCGACAUAUUGCCUACGGGUCGUACUACAAUAUGUCAAUGGCGAAUCCGGAGAGGCUAAAAAUGCCGGAGAUUCACUUGAAUCACUGUGUGGAUAUUUUGAUGCAAGCACUGCAGUGUAGUGGGAAUGUUAACAUAAUGACGAUGGAUUGGGUUGCCACACAGACAUAUCCAUUCCCUGAUAUGUCUGUUAAUCGACAUUGCAUCAAUUUUGAAAAGUUGACAGCCUGGCGAAAGGAAAAUACGAUAGAUAUGGACAAGUAUGUCAGAGUCAUGGAGAAGCCGGAGGGAGUUGUGGAACGGCCGAUGGCUGAUCAAUUCUACGCUUACCAUGGGUGGGAGAGUCCAAACCACAAGAAUGGUGCUAAUCCAGAUGAGGAUUUCAAUGUAUAA